GAGAGAAAUAAUACAAUUGAGUACAGAGUCCUCAGCUCAGUGUGUUGCAGACACAGAACUACAAGAUGAGGGUUGUGGGCAUUGGGGUGCUGACCAGGCAGGCAGGGGCUGCAGUUUUCAGAAAAAGCUUUAGCUGUGAGAGGUUACACUUUUCAUCUCAAGCAGGUGUGGAAUGUAUUGCCCCGUUGUUUCAGACCGUAACAGAAAGCCCGCAGCCUAUCCCAACUCAAGUCACCGGGACAAUUCCAAAAUGGAUCAAAGGCAGCUUGUUGCGGAAUGGACCAGGGAGAUUUGAGUUUGGAAAUGACAACUAUAACCACUGGUUUGAUGGCAUGGCUCUAAUGCACAAGUUCAGGAUUGAGGAUGGAUCUGUUACCUACAUGAGCAAAUUCCUAGAGAGUGACUCUUACAACGCUAACAAAAGUUCCAACCGGAUUUUGGCUUCAGAAUUUGGGACCCUUGCAAUGCCAGACCCCUGCAAGUCUUUGUACGGACGUUUCAAAUCCAACUUUGAAAUAACGUCAACUGACAACUGCAAUGUUAAUUACGUACUGUACAAGGGGGAUUAUUACGUCAGUACGGAAACUAAUUUUAUGCGUAAGGUGGACCCAGAGGAGCUGGACACUUUGGAGAAGGUCGACUGGAGCAAAUUUAUUGCCGUUAAUGGUGCAACUGCUCAUCCUCACUAUGACCCUGAUGGGACGUCAUACAACAUGGGGAAUUCCUAUGGUAAACAAGGCACUAAAUAUAACAUAAUAAGGGUCCCUGCACAGAAGUCCAGUUCCGGGGAGACCUUAGAGGGAGCGCAGGUUAUCUGUUCUAUAGUACCAGAAAAUAACAUGAGACCCUCCUAUUAUCACAGCUUUGGAAUGACUGAGAAUUAUGUAAUAUUUGUAGAACAACCUCUGAAGUUAAACAUUAUGAAGAUCCUCACCAGCAAAUUAAGGGGGAAAUCGUUCUCAGACAGUAUGAGCUGGGAGCCACAGCACAGUACUGUGUUUCACGUGGCGAGUAAGCACACAGGAGAGCUGCACCCAGUGACGUACCACACACAGGCCUUUGCGACCUUUCACCAUAUCAAUGCGUAUGAGGACAAAGGCUGCAUCGUUCUUGACCUUUGCUGCCAGGAUGAUGGGGGAGCUGUGGAGGCUUUUCAGUUGCAAAACCUGCGCCAGUCGGGGCAAGGUCUGAAUGAGCUGUAUAAAAAGGUCCCUAAAGCAUACCCACGCAGGUUUGUUCUCCCGCUUGGUAUCGACACAAAGACUGAACAAGAUCUGAUUAUUAAACCACUGAAUUACACAUCUGCCACAGCAGAGAAGAGAGCUGAUGGAAAGAUAUGGUGCACACAUGAAAAACUCUAUGACGAUUCGCUUGAUUUGUGUGGUUUAGAAUUUCCACAAAUAAAUUAUGCUAAGUACAAUGCCAAGAGGUACCGCUACGUUUACGGAUGUGGGUUUCAGCAUCUGGUUGGCGAUUCUCUGAUGAAAGUGGAUAUAGAAACUAAGAAAGCUAAGGUUUGGAAAGAAGAAGGAUUUUACCCUUCAGAGCCCAUCUUUGUGCCAUAUCCAGAUUCAGCAGAAGAAGAUAGCGGCAUCAUUUUAUCUGCAGUUCUCACACCUAAUAAGAAUAAAAACACAUUCCUCCUUAUUAUCGACGCCAAAGAAUUUAAAGAACUUGGGAGAGCAGAAGUGCCUGUUCAGAUGCCUUACGGAUUCCACGGUAUCUUUGUACCUCAUAAGUCUUAAAGAGAAAAGAAUAGUAAAAAACAUAAUUGUUUCUGAAGGUACUAUUUGUGAAUCACAAAUUAUCAAUAACUGUGAUUUGCAAGUAACUGGUUAAACAAAUGCUGGUUUAUAUCUUCAUAUGCAUUAUAUGCUUUACUUAGCUAUGUAUAUAUACAAGAGAAGAUGUUUUACAUCUUUUUGUAAACCUAAUAAAACACAUUUAUUACAAAUA